CCACAAUAGAAAUUGUACUCUGCUCUCGUGAGAUUUUCCUUCCCAGUGCUACACCUGAGGAGAACUGUCUCUGGACUGAAGGUCGUCAUCGUGAUUCAGGUUUCUGACUCCACCUUUAUUCAUUUUGAUCCAUUUUGAAUUGAUCUGCACAGCUUUAAGGAUGCCCUUUGGCUAUAUCCCCAUUGUAGAGAUCUUCGUGGGCUUCCUGGGCUUCGGCCUUUUCAUCAUGUUCUGCACCACCUUCUGCAGGGCGUGCACCCGCCUAAGGGAGGAGCAGAUUGCGAGGGAGGCAUUAAGGCGCAACGAGAUGGAAGGAUGGCCACCUUCGAUUUAUUUUAUACCCUUCCCUGGUGGCAGGUCACAGCAGGACGGUGAAGACCAAAUUGGAAUGCCUCGAUACAGCCAGGAACUUACACCGCCACGAUACAGCACUGAAGUCUGCUCUGGGCCCCCACCUGCGUAUAGUGAGCUUGGAUUCAAGCCUGAGGAUCUUCCCCCUGUGUAUACAGAAUAUAGUGUCCCUGUAUAUCCCACCACACCCCCACCUCACACAGAGAUGGUACAACCACAAACACAAACACAGUCACAACCAUAAUGCAGUACCAUCGCACUGUACGUGUGAUGGGAUUAUGGACAGUUGUAUUAUUGCACUGCCUUGUGGACUGGAGUGAGCGGGUAACUGGAGUUAAGAAGGUUUUAAAGGUUAUAAAAUUUAAAUUUUAUUUAAAGGUCUGUUUAAUGUUUAUCUUUGUUUGUUUGUUUGUUUGUUUUUAUUGUGGCGAUGAACAUGUUGAUGAACAGAGAUAGGAUGGAGGCUCAAGGGAUAGAACCAGGUUUAAAGUCACAAUACCAUAAAUAAACAGCAUAUUCUUCAAUGUACUAAACCUUUUAAGAUCCGUAACAGAUUUUACACAGACAUGAAGGAUUGUCACAAAUGAACUGUGAGCAUCAUUUGAACACAUGCUGUUGAUAUAAGGUUAUGUUCUGGUCCCAUUUGUUUGCUUGUCUCUAUAGUUAGUAGGAUGCCUCAAACAAGUUUGAUGCAAAUUCAGGUGGACAUCUCAAUCCAAUGGCCCCCCCAUGUGGCCAUUUACAGAGCACUUUUUCCCCCGCUCAUAACUUCUGAAUAACAAGUUGAACAUUGUGCAACUGCUACAAAUGAAUUUUUCCUGUAGGUGGCGCAACAACAACAAUAUACAUCAAUUACAUAGCCAUAAUUCAAUAGUCAGGAGUCUGAUCCCACUGGUCAAAAAUGUGUUUUUCUUGUUUCUUUUUCAGUUGCAUUUUUGUACAGAAUGAUGUAUAGUGUAGUUUGACACUAGAAGGCUGUUUUCACAUUAAUCUGCUGAAAGGGGAAAGUUCAUCUGUGCUCAUCUUGCCUUCACACCAAGUGCCAAACGAAGGCCAGUAUACAACUUUGAAAGACUCAACAUAUGGAGAGUAUGCCAUUUUAAGGAAUUGUCUCACAUGUCAAACAAUACAUGUUAUGUCAGACAAAACCUUAUUCAAAGCUGAGGAUUUUUAUAGAGAUCCUCAAAUAUGUUCAGAGGGGAUUGUGCACUUUAUCCUUUUAGUAUAACCCUAAUACAAAUAGGAUAUAACAUGAUUUACUUUAUUGGAGAUUCUGGUACCAAUGUAGAUUGAACGUUUUUAUCUUUAUUAUUAAAUUAACUUCAAAGUUUCAAGCUUCAUUGUUUAAUACUCAUCAGGAAGCAGCAGCAACUGCCUUGACAGAAAAGCAGAGACACAAAGAAUGUGUGAAAAGCAUCUGACUUUACACGUAGCUGUCGUUUCAAAUGAUUGAAUGAUGUUUUCAAAUUUAAAUUAAGCAGAAACAACUUUCAGUAACAUUUGGUGAUCUAAAGCAAGUUUCACAGCUUCACAGCUGUAUCAAUCAAUCUUUUUCUUUUCUAUUUUCUUUCUGUUUUGUCCUUGUUUUCUUUAUAGUGACAACCCCACUGGUAAAUGUUAGGCUCCCAAGCAUCAUUUAACACCUGAAUGUUUAUUUAAACAGUUGAUGUCAGAGGUUUGCUGUAUAUCUACUGUCUUUCUCAAAUGACUUGAAUGUAUACAUUUCUGGUUGAGGCAUUGCUGUUAAAACCAACCACUCUGAAAAUAACUGCUUUUUGUAAGAUGUCUGGAGAGUUUUUUAGAGCGAUAUUUUAAUGCAACAACAGCCACACAAAUAGCUCACUAUUGUUUAAAUCUCUGGACAAAAUGUGAAUGAUCUUUAUAGUAGCUGGUCUACCAACUGAUUUCUGAAUAGAAAGAAAAAACAUUUUGUGUCACUCCAAAAAUUUGUUGUUAAGACUAAUAAAAUUAGAAAGAUUGGCUAAAUGUUUAAA